CCCGGGAGAGUGAGGGGCGGGGGCGCAGGCAGCAGGAGGAAUGGCUGGGCGGCGGGUGAAUGUGAAUGUGGGCGUGCUGGGCCACAUCGACAGUGGCAAGACGGCGCUGGCCCGGGCGCUGAGCACUACGGCGUCCACCGCCGCCUUCGACAAGCAGCCGCAGAGCCGAGAGCGCGGCAUCACGCUGGACCUGGGUUUCUCGUGCUUCUCGGUGCCGCUGCCCGGCUCGGCUGAGUCCGGCGAGUCGCUGCUGCAGGUUACGCUGGUGGACUGCCCCGGGCACGCCUCGCUCAUCCGGACCAUCAUCGGCGGAGCCCAGAUCAUCGACCUGAUGAUGUUGGUCAUUGAUGUGACCAAGGGGAUGCAGACCCAGUCAGCAGAGUGCCUCGUGAUUGGCCAGAUUGCCUGUCAGAAACUGAUCGUGGUGCUGAACAAAAUAGACCUCUUAGCUGAAGGGAAAAGACAGACAGCCAUCGACAGAAUGACCAGGAAAAUGCAGAAGACCCUGGAGAACACCAAGUUUCGAGAUGCUCCGAUUAUACCUGUAGCAGCCAAACCUGGGGGACCAGAGGCCCCUGAAACUGAAGCCCCACAGGGAAUCUCAGAGCUCAUUGAGCUCCUGAAGUCCCAGAUUUCCAUCCCGACAAGAGACCCCUCAGGCCCCUUCCUCAUGUCUGUGGACCACUGUUUCUCCAUCAAAGGCCAAGGCACGGUGAUGACGGGGACCAUCCUUUCAGGCUCCAUCAACCUUGGCGACAACGUGGAGAUUCCUGCCCUCAAGGUGGUGAAGAAGGUGAAGUCCAUGCAGAUGUUCCACACACCUGUCACUUCGGCCAUGCAGGGAGACCGGCUGGGCAUCUGUGUCACCCAGUUUGACCCCAAGCUGCUGGAGCGUGGACUAGUGUGUGCCCCUGAGUCACUGCACACCAUCCACGCAGCCAUCAUCUCUGUGGAGAAGAUCUCAUAUUUCCGGGGGCCGCUGCAGACCAAGGCCAAGUUCCAUAUCACAGUGGGCCAUGAGACAGUCAUGGGCCGCCUGCUGUUCUUCAGCCCUGCGCCUGACAGCUUUGACCGUGAGCCCAUGCUGGACUCCUUUGACUUUUCUCGUGAAUACCUUUUCCAGGAGCAGUACUUGUGCAAGGACUCAAUGCCAGCAGUAGUAGACAGUGAUGAAGUCGACAAGCAGACAGGCCAGGCCACAGAGGGCUGCUGCCCCCGGCAGCAAUGGGCCCUUGUAGAGUUCGAGAAGCCCAUCACCUGCCCACAGCUGAGCCUGGUCAUUGGAUCCCGGCUGGAUGCAGACAUCCAUGCCAACGCUUGCCGUCUGGCAUUCCAUGGGCUACUGCUGCACGGGUUGGAGGACAAGGGCUACGCAGAGAACAUCCUGCCCACACUGAAGGUGUACAAGCUGAAGCAUAAGCAUGGCCUCGUGGAGCGGGCAAUGGAUGACUACAGUGUGAUUGGUCGCUCUCUGUUCAAGAAGGAAACCAAUAUCCAGCUCUUCGUAGGGCUCAAGGUGCACCUGUCCACAGGGGAGCAGGGGGUCAUCGACAGCGCCUUUGGCCAGAGUGGCAAGUUUAAGGUCUAUAUCCCUGGUGGCCUCAGUCCUGAGUCCAAGAAGAUCCUGCCAACAGCAAUCAAGAAGCGGGGCCGGGCAGGCCACGGGGAGGCGGCCAAGCAGGAGGAAGGCCCUGAGCGCACUGAGCCUGCCCAGCAUGUGGGGCUCAGCCUGUCGUUCAAGCGCUACGUCUUUGACACCCACAAGCGCAUGGUGCAGUCUCCCUGAGGGACCUCAUGAUCCGCUUGAGCUGCAGUGCCUGGUACAUGCCUCAGCUUCCCCAGUGUCUCCCCACAGUCCUGCCCUGCCACCCAGACUUCCUUCACAGCCACAGUGACAAGUCCAGGGUAGUGGGGACAGUGCCAAGAGGGCCUGCAUCCCUCUGGGGUGACAGCCAGGACUGGCUGGGAAGGGGCCAAGGCUAGACAGCCACCAGCCCUCCUCAUGCCCAGCCUCAGCCCUGCCCAAGUGGAGAGCCCUUAGUGCCUGUAAAUAAAUGCCCCAUGGCCCCAGC